AUGAUCUUCAAAGCAGCGACCGCAUUUCUGGCUUCGAGCUUCUUGCUCGGCACUGCCAACGCCCACUUGUUCAUCGCCACCCCGGAACCCAUCGAAGGCACGAACGUGAAGCCUCCACUUGAUGCGUCGGGCUCCGACUUCCCUUGCCAUGGCGUCAAGCUUCCAUUUGCCGGCAAAGUCAAGAUGCCCGCAGGCUCCACGCAGAAGCUCUCCUUUGAUCUAGGAGGAGGCGCCAAUACCGCAGUUCAUGGAGGUGGAUCCUGUCAAAUGUCAGUCACGUACGAGACCGACCCAGCGAAGCUGAAAGAUCCUGCGAGUUGGCACGUCAUCUAUUCGAUCGAAGGAGGAUGCCCAAGCGACACAAAGGGAAACUUGCCGACUGCCGUGGAAUGUGACGGUACUAACUCGCCGGACUGCGUGAACUCGUUCAACUUCACUAUUCCAAAGGGAUUGAAGAAUGGCAAGGCCACACUUGCCUGGACCUGGUUUAAUUCGGUCGGAAAUCGUGAGGUAAGCCCCCCAAAACAAACAAGAUAAAGAAUGCUAACAUGAGUCUUUAGAUAUACAUGAACUGCAUCGACGCUGAUAUCACUGGAGGAGACGGCUCUGAAAUGGCUAGCCUCCCCAGCAUGUUCGUGGCCAACCUUGCCAGCAUCGAUCAAUGCCCAACCACUGAACAGUACAACGUCAAAUUCCCAGAUCCAGGAAAGUACGUUACCACGCACACGCAGGGAAAUCCAUACCCUCUAGCGGUGCCGACCGGACCAGGCUGUUCGAAGGGCUCAGCAUCAGGAACCAACUCUCCUUCGCCUUACACCUCCUCCGCCGCGGCCACCACUUCGAGCGCGGCACCGUCGCCUUCAUCGUACGCACCAGCGUCUUCUUCUCCGAGCGCAGCACCCUCAUCAACCGAGAAUACUUCCUCCUCCGCCGCCGCACCUACCGCCACCGGCAGCUCUGGAACAUGCCCGGACAGCCAAGUGUCCUGUCCCACACCCGGCGACAUCAUCUGCGUCGAUUCCACGCACUUCGGCAUCUGCGACGUUGACAACUGCGCGAUUCCAAUGGACGUGGCUGCUGGCACGACAUGUGCGAACGGCAAGAUCAGCAAGCGUUGGAGCAAGCGGGACAUUGAGAAGCACCGCCGUCGCCACACACAUGGGGCUCAUUAG